AUGGCUCCUUCACGAGCUAAACUGAAUGUGGCAAAGAUUUUGAAAUGCAACCCUGCGGGAAGAAAUGCGAUUAAAGAAUACGACGAGACUGGGACACUUAAAGAGUCAACAAGACGCAUUGUGGUGAAUGUCAUUGUCGCUGCAAUGUGCGACACUGCAACGGGGAGGAUCAUUCACCGACAAACAAAGGAGUUUCAUGCUCAAGGGAUUGUUGAGAUGUUCCCGUCAUUGAAGGAUUCUUUAUCCAAAAAAGGAUACGAACACUUCUUUGACAUAAACAGCAACACCGGGUUCAUUCAAUGGCGGCUAAAGACUGCGGACCAACAUCCCCACGAAUGCAACCACCCUCCUCUGAGCAACCAAGAGAUGAAAGUCUUGCAGCAAUGUCACUACUUCAACACACAACAGACGGAGAUUUGA